AUGAUGAAGCGUUCCUUGACAUCUCAACAGCAUAUGACACAAUCCAGAUUUACCAACAUGGAAAAUAUAUCAACUACUCAAACUACAGUUAUUAGCAAAGUUUUUAAGACUGAUUCUUCUGAUCGAACUCCACUUGCAAUGAAAAGGAUGAACUUAAAACAAGAAGAUACUACAAUUCCGCCAUAUAUCAUUAGGGAAUUAGCUAUAACGAGUGAAUUGAAUUCUCCACAUAUUGUUCACCCUGCAGUUAAUGAUAUAUCAUAUGAGCCGAAGGAUCGAACAAUUUCUUACGUUUAUGAGUAUGGUGCUGCUGAUGUCAAAAGAGUUAUGUCUACGAAAAAGGUACCUCUAAAAGAAACAACCAUAAAAUCUAUUCUUUUUCAAAUUCUGUUAGGCCUUGAUUAUAUGCAUUCUAGAGGAAUUUCACAUUGCAAUGUUACUCCAUCGAACCUUUUAAUUAUGCCUACAACAUCUCAGACUCCAGGAAUUCUUCGUUUUAUUGAUUUUUCUCUGGCUCGUGUUGCUGAGCCAGUUCAGAAGUUAAAACCAUUGAAUUCAAUUUAUUUAGGAUAUAGAGCUCCUGAAAUAGUUUUGGGACAGUCUGAUUACAGUUAUCCAUCUGAUAUCUGGUCUGCAGGCUGCAUAUUCGCCGAACUAUUAACAGGAACAUUAUUUGACGUACAGAAGAUAAACCCACAGGACCAAAUACAAGUUAUGCUUCGAAAAUACUUUGAAGUUAUUGGAUCCAUGAGCCAAGAUGACUUCCCAAGACAUGAAAAAUACACAAACUGGAUGACCUUCCAACAAAUGCUAUCGUCGAAUCAAUUACAAAUGAGAAACUCAAAAGGCCAAUUAUAUCAGAAAGUAGCUAGCCUAAACCCAGAAAUUCAGGAUCUCCUGUUUAAGAUGCUUACAUAUAAUCCGGAUCUCCGAAUUACAGCAAAAGAUGCUUUGCGCCAUCCUUACUUUAAUUCAAGACCGUUUCCAGUCAUGAAUAUUGCUAGAACUUUCACUCCUGAAGAGUGGUCUGCUAUAUCUUCUGGAAAUAAUAAGGAGUAA